CCUCCUUCGAUUAUUAGUCUGAACCUAUCGGAGCCUAUCGUUCUUUAAUAUCGGGUCCUAUCAUAUAAAAUAUUGAUUAAAUUUACGCAAAUACAAAAUUUUCUUGACCGAUGCAAAGUAAACCAUAAAAAUCCAUUGUGAAAAUUUGUGGGGGUGGUGGUGGAUACUUAAUAGGAGAUAGACGUAGUAAAGAGAGCGGCGAAAAGAGUGAGCAGCAAAAGAGCGUGUAUUUGAUGUGUACUCAAAAGUGGCCGAAAAGAGCGCACUAAUACACACACAUACGGAACAAGGACGAUAAAGAGGUAGAGCUUUCUCUGGAAACUAGGAUAAAGUGUUUGUCCAAAAUGAACCCGGCGGUGGAUGCGUGGGCGGUGACCCCGAGGGAGCGUUUGAAGUACCAGGAACAGUUCAAGGCACUCCAGCCGCAGGCAGGAUUCGUUACCGGCGCUCAGGCUAAAGGAUUCUUUCUGCAGUCCCAGCUGCCGCCACUGAUCCUUGGCCAAAUCUGGGCUCUGGCGGACACCGAUUCCGACGGCAAGAUGAACAUCAAUGAGUUCAGCAUAGCCUGCAAGCUUAUCAACCUCAAGCUGCGCGGCAUGGACGUGCCCAAGGUUCUACCUCCUAGCCUGCUGACGUCCCUUUCCGGCGAUGCCCAGAACACUCCCUCGUUGACGCCACGUGGCUCCACAAGCUCCAUGAGCCCAUUGGAUCCACUCAAGGGAAUGGGUCCGGCAGUCGCCACAGUUGUUCCCGCACCCGUUGUGGCUCCUCCGGUGGCUGCGGCUGCUGUCAUCUCACCACCCGGAGUCUCAGUGCCUCCUGGCCCCACACCCCCCUCCAGCAAUCCACCUAGUCGCCACAUGUCCAUUUCGGAGCGGGCGCCCUCUAUCGAGUCUGUCAACCAAGGAGAAUGGGCCGUUCAAGCUGGCCAGAAGCGCAAAUACACGCAGGUGUUCAAUGCCAAUGAUCGCACCCGAUCUGGUUACUUAACUGGAUCCCAGGCACGCGGCGUUCUCGUACAGAGCAAGCUACCCCAGGUCACGCUGGCCCAAAUCUGGACGCUGUCUGAUAUCGACGGCGAUGGACGGUUGAACUGCGACGAGUUUAUUCUUGCCAUGUUUCUGUGCGAGAAAGCCAUGGCUGGUGAGAAAAUUCCGGUUACCUUGCCCCAAGACUGGGUACCGCCGAACUUGCGCAAGAUAAAAUCACGGCCGGGAUCGGUCUCUGGGAUAGUGUCCCGUCCUGGCUCACAGCCGGCCUCUCGACACGCAUCUGUGUCGUCCCAGGGCGGAGUGGGAGUCAUCGAUGCUGACCCGACAGCCGGACUACCUGGACAAACUUCCUUCGAAGACAAGCGUAAGGAGAACUAUGUUAGGGGUCAAGCAGAGUUGGACCGUAGGCGCAAAAUCAUGGAGGAUCAGCAGCGUAAGGAGCGGGAAGAAAGAGAGCGAAAGGAGCGUGAAGAGGCUGAUAAGCGUGAAAAGGCUCGUUUGGAGGCUGAGCGUAAGCAGCAGGAGGAAUUGGAGCGACAGCUUCAACGCCAACGAGAAAUUGAGAUGGAGAAGGAGGAGCAGCGCAAGCGGGAACUGGAGGCUAAGGAGGCGGCCAGAAAGGAGCUGGAGAAGCAGCGCCAGCAGGAAUGGGAGCAGGCUAGAAUUGCUGAAAUGAACGCACAGAAGGAGAAGGAACAAGAGCGUGUUCUUAAGCAGAAGGCACACAACACCCAGCUUAAUGUAGAGCUGAGCACACUAAAUGAAAAAAUCAAAGAACUUUCGCAGAGAAUUUGCGACACUCGCGCUGGCGUGACCAACGUAAAGACCGUAAUCGACGGGAUGCGCACCCAGCGCGACACUUCCAUGUCUGAAAUGUCGCAGCUAAAAUCACGCAUUAAGGAGCAGAACGCCAAACUGCUUCAGCUCACCCAGGAGAGAGCAAAGUGGGAUGCCAAGAGCAAGGCUAGCGGCGCUGCCUUGGGAGGGGAGAAUGCGCAGCAAGAGCAACUGAAUGCAGCAUUUGCCCACAAGCAGUUAAUUAUCAAGCAAAUAAAGGACAAAGUCGUGAAUAUUAGUAAAGAUAUUGAGUCAAAGAAGGAGGACAUCAACACUAAUGAAGAACAGAUGUCUGAGCUCAAGGCCGAGCUUUCCGCCCUAAUCACAAAGUGCGAAGAUCUGUACAAGGAAUACGAUGUGCAGCGCACCUCAGUGCUGGAAUUGAAGUACAAUCGAAAGAACGAGAGUAGCGUAACCUCUGCCUGGGACACAGGCACUUCCAGUGCUUGGGGGGAGACGGGAACAACUGCAAGCGACCCUUAUGCAGUGGUGAGCAAUGACAUCUCCGCACUGGCAGCUCCAGCUGUGGACUUAAGUGGACCGGCCCCAGAGGGAUUCGUCAAAUAUCAAGCAGUAUACGAGUUCAACGCUCGCAACGCCGAAGAGAUUACUUUCGUGCCUGGUGACAUUAUUCUGGUUCCAUUGGAGCAGAACGCUGAGCCGGGAUGGUUGGCUGGCGAGAUAAAUGGCCACACCGGCUGGUUUCCUGAAUCCUAUGUGGAGAAACUAGAAGUCGGUGAAGUUGCUCCUGUAGCCGCUGUCGAACUUCCGGUUGAUGUUCAAGGGGCUACCGUGGCUGACACCUACAAUGACAAUAUCAAUACCACCUCGGUUUCAGCAGCUUCCGAAGAUCCGAUUGCCAAAGGCGAUGUCGAGUAUUACAUAGCCGCAUAUCCUUAUGAGUCCGCCGAGGAGGGCGAUUUGAGCUUUGGUGCCGGUGAGAUGGUCAUGGUCAUCAAGAAGGAGGGUGAGUGGUGGACAGGUACCAUUGGUAGUCGCACGGGCAUGUUCCCCUCAAACUAUGUCCAGAAGGCAGAUGUGGGCACAGCGAGCACAGUCGCUGUAGAACCGGUAGAAUCUAUGGACCAGGAGACGACGCUAAACGGCAACGCUGCUUACACCGCUGCUCCCGUGGAGGUACAGGAGCAGCUUUACGAGCCGCUGCCUGUUCAGGAGCCCAGCGAACAGGCGAUUUCAAGCCCAGGCGUUGGCGCUGAGGAUGCGCACGAAGACCUCGACACUGAAGUUUCCCAGAUCAAUACACAGUCCAAAACACAAAGCAGCGAGCCUGCCGAGAGCUACAGCCGACCCAUGUCACGCACCUCUUCCAUGACACCCGGAAUGCGGGCCAAGCGGUCUGAGAUUGCACAAGUAAUCGCGCCCUAUGAGGCAACCAGCACAGAACAGCUUUCCCUGACGAGAGGCCAGUUGAUAAUGAUCCGUAAGAAGACGGACUCCGGCUGGUGGGAAGGUGAGCUGCAGGCAAAGGGCCGCCGGCGCCAGAUCGGAUGGUUCCCGGCCACCUAUGUAAAAGUUCUCCAAGGCGGCCGCAAUAGCGGACGAAAUACUCCAGUUUCCGGAAGUCGUAUAGAGAUGACUGAGCAGAUCUUGGACAAGGUCAUUGCACUCUAUCCGUACAAAGCACAAAAUGAUGACGAGCUGUCGUUUGAUAAAGACGAUAUCAUUAGCGUUCUGGGUCGGGAUGAGCCAGAGUGGUGGCGUGGCGAGCUGAAUGGCCUUUCCGGCCUUUUCCCAAGCAAUUAUGUGGGACCCUUCGUAACGUCCGGAAACGUAUAACGAGGCCUCGGUUUUGGCCUGUAAGCGGCAGCAAGCACUUGCUUACAAAAAUACCGAUAAAGAACCUACACGAUCCCUUCGGAAUUGGGUUAACUUAAGAUCAGCAGCAUCAAUAUCCUCCGUAACUACCUAGCCGGAAUUAAUACAGUAUUCUGCAAGCCCAAGAAGUUGGCUUCUUUCAUCGUUCAACCUGAAAGAUUAUUCAAAAUGUUUAUCCUAUUCGGAGUAAAAUUCCCUUAACUUGAUAGAAUUAGUAACCAAAUCUCCUCUGAAAUCAUUUAUAAAAUCCUUUCACGUUCGUAACAAAUCAAACGUAAAAUACAACCGAAUUCUAGUAAGUCACAUUUUAAAGGGUUUAUAUAAUAAUCUGCAUAUGCAAACUACAAUAUACAUAAGGAUAUCAAAUGACACUGGAAAUUUCGUUGUAUGUAGUUGUGUUUAUCGAUCAAAUCCAGAAUAUUCAGCCGUUUUUUUUUCUCCGAAUGCUACACAAAUACGCAAAUAGUAUCUAUAACGAUGGUUUUCUGAGUUUUCAUAUAUUAUCCGAAUGUAAUUGUAUAUAUUUAAAGUAUUAAAACCAAAAGAGGGAGUUAAUAUUAUUG